AUGCGAGGGGGAAGAAGGUGCCCUGUUGCGUCGAGGCUCGGCGCCUUUGAAGAGCAAGUGCAGGCGCUCCUGCCAAACGACGUCGGCAGCUGUCGCCCCUCAUGCUUUCUGUCUUCAGCGACGAAUCUGUCGCCGAUUUGCCUAUUCGAGAAGCACUCCCACGUUCACUCCGUGCUAAGAUUCCGGGCGUCUUCUGUGCCAUCAUACUCGUGCGACUCCACGGCCACAAUAUCGCUUCCUCCUGCUUCGUCUGCCCCGGCUACUUCGCCUCGGGCCUCUUCCGUUCCACUGUGUGCCUCCGUCUCCCCCUGCCCGCCAUCUGCCGCUUCCUCUCCGCAUCCUCCCCUCUGUAGCCGGUUGUACGGAACAGCCUCCCCUACGCACAGGAGCAAGCGCGCCGUUUUUCCCGACAUCGCCCGCUCUCUCAUGGCAUCGUCGAGUGACUCGACUUCGUCAGCCACGCCUCCUCUUGAGUCUGCGCCGCCGGUCUCUUCUUCAGAACCCGAAGCGCUCCAGGCGCCGCCGUUCGUCUUGCGGUUCCUCCCCUCCACCGUUGGACGCGACCGGCUGCGAAGGCAGAGUGAGCGCAUCUCUACUCGAGCCGCUCUGGUGCGGCGCGCCUCUCGCUUAAGUCACGCAAACCUCGCUCUCGCGCUUCACCAGCUGUCCUUGGACGCGUCGGCAUCGGCGCAAGCGGCUGCGGUCUCUGCUGUCCUACGAGCGAGGGCAACGGAGACACAGGCGCGCCCUAUGCGCCCGAAUUGCUCAUCCUCCGUGUCACCGUCGCCUGCUCAAUCGUCGCGAAACAGUGCGGAGUCGAACCCUGAGAGGCCGGGUCACACUUCAAACGCUCCUCCCGGUGGCCGUGGUGACGAGCGGUCGCCUGCGCGGGCAGAUGCCGCUUGUAAAAACAAACAGAGACAGGACAAGGCGACGCAAGCAGAUGCAGCGCUAGAGGUAGUUCGAGUGUGGGGGGAGUUGAAAGACCUGAAUCGGGAGGAGGAGACGACGCUGUGGGUAGCCUUGCUAGACAGACUGGAGGAAAUUGAGGGCAGCGUGACGCCCACAGAACACGUCGUCAUCCUAGAUGCUCUGUGCAGACUCCCGCCGCAUCUCCUGUCCACGCCGGCAAACUCAGCAGACGCGUCGUCGCCGCUUCACGAUGCCUCUUCUUCAGCUUCGUCUCCCGCGCCGUUCGCCUCCUCGACAGCAUCACCGGCGCCGCCCUUCGGGGAUCGUGUUCGCUCUGCUGCGUACCGCGCAAUGCAGCAGCUGGAGCGCCAUGUCACCGGGCUGCCUGCGACCGCCCUCGCGGUCAUUCUCCGUGCGGCCGCUGUCCUCGACGUGCGCCACCUUCCGCUUCUCAACCGCAUCGGUCUUGCCCUUGGGGGGCCGCACUGUGCGGCAACUCCGACGGAGGAGGCGCAGCGCAGCGGGAACGGACGCAGAGAUGGAGGUGUAAGAGAGAGCGGGAACGGAGACACCGCCAGCGGAGGCACCGCCGAGGAGGACACCACUGACGCGCGAAACCCCUCCAGCGCCAACCGGCAGCUGGGCGGCCGAGGCAUUUGUGCAGUGGUGUAUGCGCACUUGGCCUUACGUCCUGCCUUUCCUCUCGACGCCGGCACGUUUCUUCAGCAGUUCCUGUCUUCUCGUAUUUGCAUGUCUCUCUCGCCCACGCAUGCGGCCGCCCUCGCGACCUACGGCCGCCUCCUCCUCGAGGAAAGUCUCCUCUCGACUCAUCCGCUGCGCGAGCAGCCUAUUGCUGCUUGUUCAUCUUCCGCAUCACCCUCGUCGCUGGCUCCGCUCGGGAGCAUCCGGUUCAGUGCAGCCACCGGAGACUCGCCGGAUAGGGCAACUUCCGACCGCGAGGCGAGUCAAGACAGGAAUCUCCUCUUGCUGUGUUGUUCCCUUGAGCCCCUCGUUCGGAGGCUCCUUCAGAUCCAAUGCCACCGAUCUCCUGCUUCACAUGACAGUAGCCGGUCGCCUGCUGUUUCCGCUUCGGGUUUGAUGGGCUUGGCGACUCUGUCGCGCGCUGCGUCGCCGCUGUUUUCCUCUCUUCUUUCGCUGCAGCCGGAAGCGCUGAGUCGUCCUUAUUACUCGCGGCUGGAUCUGAUGAGGGGAGAAGCGAGUGAAGACAGGAAGCGGGAACCGACGGAUUCUAGCGUGCGCACAUCGAACCCCUACGGGUCUCCCUUCUGCGCCUCGCUUUUCUCUCCGCAAGAAGAGGCGGCAGCGGCUGCGUUCUGCUGCGUGUACCUCGCGGCGCUCAGGAGGCUUCGACUGCUCCCGAAGAAUUGCCGCGGCGUUUCGUCGCCCUUCGAGGGGGUCACGGGAGCAGUGCAAAACGAGACACUGUCCGCACUCCGCGAAGAAGUGGCUCGGCGAGAGGGUAGUGUGACGCCGGGCUCCGUCGGGCGUCAACGAGGAUAUCCAUCCGGAGAAACCAAACCAGCGCGAAGGGAACUCAGCGAAAGCAGGAGGGAGCAGGAAGCAUGCGGAAGGAGAGGAUGGGUUGCACAGGUCGAAAAGGAAAGCGAACGUGACGCGCGAGAUGAAAAUGGAUGGCCGUGGGCCCCCGGAGGCGAAUGCAGUGUCGCGUUUCAUAGGGGCUUUGCAGAGGCUCUACCGACGCUGUUGGGGUGGAUAACUGGCGCCGAGGCGGCCGCCCUGUUCUCAGGGCUUCAGCGGUUGGGCGCUCUCGACGCCUGGACAGCUGAGGCGCUGGUCGAUGUGAUGGAGCGCGAACUUGGUCGAGCCUCGCCGACGACUCAGCGCCACGCGUCCCCCUGGGGGGAGCGACGGCCUGGAUUGCCUUUCUUCUGGAAUGAAGAGCGUCUGGGCCGUCCAGUCCUCCUCCACGAUGCGUUACAGGUGCUGGAAGUGGCGAGGGACCGCGGUACCCGCCCAUCGGCAGCGCUGCUCAUGUUUGGUUUCCCUCCUUCAGAAGACCUUUGUCGUCGGACAGAGCUGCUGCACACUCUAGGAGGUAAGGCAUCCGAACUGCGCGGCCUCCUCGUCAGCUGCGCAACGGGUGCAGGAAAUCUGGCGCAGGAGUCCGCGAGCCUCAGCGCGACGCAAAGAACUAGACUGACGGAGGUCCUGAAGGCCCUCGGUGUCCCUCACGAGCUCGCUAAGGGGCCUGCCCACGGUGCCGUCGAGCAGCGGUGA